AUGGGAGCAACCAUACAACCUACAGUUAGACAAGAAACUGAACAGAGUAAUGAAAGGAGACAGAAAGAAUCUCAGGAUUCUCUACAUGAAGAUAAAGUGGACAAGCCUCUUGUUGUAGUAGCCAUAGAUUUUGGAACAGUUCAUUCCGGGUUUGCAUAUUCCUUUAAGGGAAAUGAAGACAAAAUAAAAUCAGCAGAACAUGGAGGAAUGAUGCAGGAAGAUAGAGUACCUACAGUAUUGUUAUUAAAACCAGACAAAACAUUCCAUUCAUUUGGAUACAAAGCACAGACUGAAUUUUACAAGCUUUCUCAAUCAAUAUCAUCUGACUCAGCACGUCAGUUCAUGAGAGAAGCUUCAACAAAUGCAGGAAUUCCAGAGACACAUCUUCGACUUGUUCUUGAGCCUGAAGCAGCAGCUUUAUACAGUACACCACGAAUAAUGACAGAAGAAAUACCGUGUGGAUUUAUGUACAUACUUGCUGAUUUAGGUGGAGGGACAACAGACAUAUGUGCUCAUAAAAUAAUAGAUGGUAGGAAAAUACAAGAAAUAUACCGAACAACAGGAGAAACCUCUGGUGGCAGUGAUGUUGAUGAUUGUUUUAUUAACAUGAUGAAAACUUUAAUAGGAAAAAAGGUUUGGAGUGAAUUCUCAACUACCUUCCCAUCAGCAUGUGUAAGCCUUGUUAAUGAGUUUAGACUGAAGAAGAAAGAGUUUAAAUCAGAAACAAAUGCUAUACAACUGAAAAUGGAAAAUGCUCUGGUGCAUUUCAUAAGAGGGAAAAAAGGAACUUGA